GCCCAACAUGGAGGAUACAAGUAUAUUUGCCUUAUCGGGGUUCCAGUAUAUCAUCAUGUCUAUUGUGAUGACUAAAGGAUAUCCUUACAAAAAACCACUGUAUUACAAUGUUUUGUUCCUAGUGGCACUGCUUCUCUUCUUAGCUCUUAUGAGCUGGCUGGUGCUUUUCCAUCAUACCAUCAUCCAUCGUGUGCUGAAUCUCUACGACAUCAUUGAUAUGAGAUAUAAACUACUGCUGGUGGCCGUAGCUGCACUCAACUUCUUCAUAUGCUACUUGAUUGAGAUUCUUAUUGACCAAGGUGCCCUGAACUGCCUUCGCAACCUCAGGGGAAAACGCGAGUCCAAAAAGCAGUUCAAACGCCUAGACGUCCAGCUUGCAGAAACGCCCUCAUGGCCGCCCCUGAACCAGACCUUGUUCCCACCACAGUGCACCGUCAUCGGUGUUAGCUAACACCUACCUCCUGUGUUUUCCAAAUCUCCCAAUGCACAUAUCCAGUGUUGCCAAAGAUCUGAUAGCACCUCUCAGUGCACUAGUGAGGUAUGCAUACCAGAUGCCGUCCUUGUCUGCCUAUUAUAUAUGGCAAAAACUUAUCGUACAGUAACACGAGUGAAGAUCACUGUUAGUGAUGGUAUUUCUUAUAUUAGAACACAUAAAUGAAGAAUUAAAAAGUCUUAACGUCUCUUAAAGGUGUGCUGUAUGAUUUAGAAAAGGGGUGGAAACAUAUUUACCAAUUUGUACAUGAAAAUUAACAUUUUAUACAGAAAAAAGGGCAUAUUGCCUUGAGAACUGAUUGAUUACUAACAUUAAUCCAAAAUAAUGAGAAUGUCUUUUCUUGGACCAUAAAAGUUUUACCAAAGCAUUCAAGUUGUCGUAUUGGAAAAGUAAUGCAUACAUGCUGCCUACUUUAUUUCCUAGUGAAACAAAAUUAUUGAAAAAGAUAUUUUUAUCUGGGCAGGAACUUGGUUUAAUUGUUGAUUAGUUGGAGGCAUGCUUGCAGUCGAUUGUAAGAAAGGGGGCGGGGUUUAAGCAAAUUAAAUUAUUGGAGACAUCCACCAUGUGUCACCAUAGAGAAAGCUGAUGCUUUCACCAGGGUCCAGUCAUUACAUUUUAAUAAAAAAUUACAAGGCCAAAAAAAAUUCUUCAAAAUAAAACAUGUAAGGGGAAAACAUUCUUUAUACGUGGAUUUUUUCAGUUUUCUGGUUUGACUGUUGAUAAUUUGACACGAUCCAGGAUUGUUAGGUUCUUCGAUGCUCAUCCUGUAGUUGCUGUCAUAGCAACAAGUCUAUAAGCUGAAACCUGCUCAGGAGCAGCUGAGAUUUGACUGCAUCUUUUUUAAGGUUAAAGUCAGGAAGUACUUUCUUACCAGAGCACCCUAUUGAACUAGGGACAAUUAAAAAAAAAAAAA